CGCCCAACCCCUCCUCCCCCCCCCGCCCGCCCCAACCUCUUCGGUCUGACUUUGAUAUUCUUGAGUCAUCCAUGGCGUUUUCUACUUUAUGAGUGCUUUCUACUCCAAAUGUACUCUGGAUUAUCCAAACAGAGAGGGGGAUGGAUACAGUGAGUAAGGCCCCGCCGAGCGCGCCGAGACGCACACAGAGAGAUCAGGCAGAAGCGGGCCCAUCGAGAUGCUUGAGAUACGAGUGGAAGCUUGUUCCACUCACCAAUCGACCCUGACCGAUCAGACCAGGACCGAGACCAAGCAUCAACCUUUUUUUUUUACACAUAUAUUUUAAUGGCUUCACCAGAAGACCAUCCGAUUCAUACUUUGACUUUUGAGCACUGAACAACUUCCGGGCUCAGUUGUGCCAGUGCACCGCCACCGUAGUGAACCUGGGGAAUAGAAAGUGGUCACGGAUUGGUGAAUUUAGAGCUGUGGAGGUGAUAUUUUUGUAACAUAAAAAAUAGUUGCAUUUAAUAUUAGAAAGCUGCUGAAGCCCUAUCAUCAAAAGUAAGUGGCCAGUUUAGAUGAGGAGGUACACAAUGGGGUCAAAUGAUGUCAGCCAGUAUUUGAUUGAUGUCUACACAGGCUUGUAUUCUGUGCAUUCUCAGAUGGAAAUCAAUAGCUCCACUCAUCCGAUGGAAUUUGCCUUUUAGGAAUUGUAAUUGUUUGUGUCUGCAGAGCCCGACAGGGCAAAGCGCGGCUGGACUGCAGAUAAAGAGACGCUGAUAUCAUGUCAGCAGGUGCCAGUGCUCAAUCGUGGUGUAUUCAUGGAACGGAUUGAAAUGAAAGACGAUGUGGUCGCUGAUCUGUGUCCAGACAUUAUGUUAAAUUGUACAUCGCAAUCUACUGUAUGUCCUCAACUCCUGCCAUGCAGCCUAUGUUUAUUUUUCACAAUAACGUGCAGAAAGACAGUAUAGUGCCAUAGUUACAGCUUUAAAGGAUUGUUGAAGUAAUAAUUUGCAUCAAAUUUUCUUUAUGUACAAAUAUACAUGAACAUGUUUGAUAUCUCUCACUCUAUUUCUCUCUCUUUCACUUUCUCUCUCUCUCUCUACAUAUAUAUAUAUAUAUAUAUAUAUUUCAGGCAUUUUUCUACAGAGACUUUAACAUUUAAUGAGAUGAUAUUUUUGAUAUUGUGUUGGAUGAAUGAGAGGUAAUUUGACAAAAGAUGACAUUCCCUCAGGGAACGUGGUUUUCACCAGGGCCGAGCACGAUGAUUUAUUUAUACAUAGCAACAGGAUGGAGUUUGAAUGGAUGAAAAACAAGUGCUUCGGUGAUCAUCCUUGAAGGAACGUUACAGAAUGGGCUGCGUUGUGGGGGGGAAAUGUAAGGCAAGGAAGACGAGUGGCGUAAACCAAAUACCUAGUUGUGCUUUAUCCCACGGGAGGCAUGGGGCUGAAUGAACGCACGAGUGAGUGACUCUUUGUCCUGCCAUCACUGUGUUUUUCUAUGCAUUUGUGAGGAGAGGCGGUCUGUCGUUGGGUCCGACGUGCAGGUUGCUCCGCUGCCCAUCAUACAGAGUUAUGUUGCGCUCCCUCUCAUUUCCUCAUGAAGUGGUUAUUCUUGCAGCUACUAUAAACCUAACAAAUGUCCCGUUAGUCACGCUGCUUAGGACCGUUAUUAAUUGUUAAUUAUUAAUGGCAGUAUAAAGGUUUAUUCAUAUAGCACAAAAACAGAAAUUAUAAAGUGCUUCUUAAGAACAAAUUUUAAAAAGGAAAUUAAAUAAUAGUGAACAACACAUUUUACCAUUGUGGAUCAAUACAUAUAUGGGAAGUGUACGCAAAUGCACAGCCUGUCUCCGUAUGCUGACUGGGGGACCCACACUUGUUGACUCCACCUCUUUGUUCGCACUGGACACAAAGACUGAAUUCAUGACCAAACUUCCCUCAGACAAACGAUUUGACGAUCGAAAGUUUUCCAAAAGCUGUCGGUGAUAUUUAGUUGUGUGUGUCCACAGAUUGUUGGAAAAUGAGUAAACACUUUACACAUAAUGUUGGUGAGUCUGUGUGUUUACUGUGGACUGAACAAUAACUUUAAGUGCAGAAAGGUUUGAUUGUAUGUCUGUGUAGCCUAGUGGGUAAAUGAUGUGUACCAGUAAAGCCUUCAGAGGGCGCUGUGCUCCUGAGACAGCGCAGUGUGCCGAGGAAAACAGGAAGUGAGUUUUUUUUUAACAUGACUGACCUGUGGAGCUGUAGAUUUUUUCCGAGUUACCACUACAGUUUACUUAGGUUGUGACAUGUUUUAAAGGGAUAAUUGUUUUAAAUGUACAAUAAAAUGUUUUUUUAUGUCAAAUUAUAAAAUUGAACAUAACCAAAUUUCUUUAAUACUGCUCUCUCCUCUAAGAGUAGUCGGUGUCAUUCAAUUUUACCCGACUACAUCUGUGUUAUUUAUUAUAAGCUAUACCUUUGGCAUAUUAAUCUAUUAGAGGGAUUGAAUUCAAAAGGCUGCGAGAGCAUCGCACUAAACGUAACCAAGAACCUGUGUGAACAAAACAGUUCAGAAAGAGAAAAACAUGUAACGUCCCCAGCAGCUGCAUCGGUUAAUUGAAGAUCAGUGUGACGAGAUUGCAGCGCUAAAGGCCAUCGGUCGUCUCCAGAAGAUAUUCUAAUGAAUUGUUAGCGGCUUGUCGUGGACAUGCACGGUGCUACGUGGGUCAAAGCCUGCAGCUGAAAACAGUUGAAAAGAACGGGGUUCACAGAAACUGAGACGGGAACUCGCUGCCUCGGUACCUUCAAGCAAAGCGGCCAACCAGUAACGUGGUAGAGGUGGACUGUGGUUGCAAGAGGCAGCUAUUUCUAUUAUUGUGGUUGGAAAACAAGUCAUUUCUAUUUUUUUAAAAGCACUUUACCAUAGGAGGCUAUAUCAAUGCCUUUAUUUAAUGGAAGUGGUAUAAAUGUCAGCAUUACUGGCUAAAGUGUAUAUUUGUAAUAUGAUGAAUGUCUUAGGGAUUUACUAAAAAUAUUCUGUAUGAACUAUAAUGAUGGAUUAUGAGUCAAACAUUCUUGUUGAUGCCUAACGGGAAGAGCGGUGACAACUCAACAAAACUGCAACUAGUGUAACUUCCUGUUUUAUUCUUUUGACCACACAGCUCUCCCUCAAGAGCCACUCGACUUCCUGUCGUUGUUUAGUUUCCCGCCUCCCCCCCCAACACCAAUUCAGUUAACCAUCACCCCACCUAUACUUAAGCCCCAAUCAGUCACUCCAGGCUAUAAAUUGAUUCAACCUUUCUGUUCAUCAAGCCAGCAGUGUUCACAGGUUUGUAUUUUAGUGUUCCUGUUUUUGUUGCGAGGCCUUUUGUUUUCUCCUUCUCCAGCGUGCCAAUUCUGCUUCCGCUUGUGCCUGUGCUGCUUUUCAGUUGUUUUGUCAAGUCAGUUUUUUGCCAGUAAAGAUCCUAAACCUGGAAAGAAGCAUUUUUGGUUGUUGUUUCCCUCCUCUGCGCCUGAGUCUCUGUCCUGGUCCCUCACACGGGGUGAUCUUUAGGACUGGGCACGCUAACAUGCUAUGAGUAUGUUAACGUAGCAAUCCAUUAACUUCGACAAUGAUUUCAUCAUGCGUUAACAGCCUUCGCUCUCUGUCCGAUGGUGAAAGCAAGCAUGUGUUCGCCGGCGGACAGCGAGCGCGCCCCGCCUGUGUAAUGGUAGGGGAAGCACUGCACUCACACAGCAUCGACGCCAACUAGCAACUCAAACAACCAGUUUAGCGGGACUUCCGCAGACUACUAAUGAUGUGUUAAAAGUUAAUUUUGUCAUUGUGUAACUGCUCAACCGGCAUUGCUGAGGGUGUUUCUUUCUUUCUUUGACCGAGAUUCUACAAAGAAUUCCACUGAGUAAAAAGUCCCCUGCACUGUAAAUCGUAUUUGGGUACUUUAUUUUGUGCUAGACCACUUAACAGUUUGUGCUUCUCUCUGAUAGAAGUACCGCAAAGAAAAGUACUGUAUGUUAACUUGCCGUUUCACCGAGAGUGCCUUCUAUAUUGUUUUCAUUGUUUGUUUGUUUUCAUUUCAAUUUUUCGCAUAACACGAUUAAUCGCUGUCAGAAAAAUCAUACAAUUAAUCGAUUACAUUUUUUCAUCUUUGCCCAGCACUAUUUAUCUAAAAUCCUGCCACAGCAGAAGCACACAACACUCAUCUACUAAAAUAUUAUACAAAAUAUAACUGCAUAUUAUGAAUAUAGGAAACCUGGCUUCUGACUAUUAAUCCAAACUGCAUUAGUCAGUGUGUUUUUUAUUACUGUACCCUAGGUUUGUACCGUAGUGGCAUCAUUAAGAGAAAGAUGUAUUAGUCCCUACUCAAUAUUAGAGACUUGUGUGCUGCCCUGAAGGGUUUUCCCAUUCAAUAAUCCAAAGAGCCUUCAAACCUACGUGACUUAGGGGCCCACAUCACUCUCACAAACCUUUGUACAUAGCAAGUUUGGACUAAAGACUUCGUAACACCAAUUUGACAAUUGUUUUAAACCUGACAGCUGCAAAAGAAACGGCAUUGAGAUGGAGUCCUCCACAUACUCUAUGUGAUUCUCGUUGUCUCAAUGUCGUAAACAUGGAACUCUCCCAUGUUUACAACAUUGAGACAAUGUUGUAGUAGCCAGGAUCCAUGGAACUAAAGUAAAAACCAUCUCAUCUUGGAUUACAAUCUUCAAUAAAUUCAAGAAUUUACUAUUAAUUAUAGUAUAAUACGUUCCUUAGUAUUAUAUAUGGAGAUAUUUUUUUAGGUUCAUGUCUGUGUGUGUUCUGGAUGCUACCCGACUUGAAAACAAAUUUAAAGUUACAUUUUUUGUCAGUAAAUUUACACUGAAAGGCGCAAUUAGGCUCUCUAAGAAUAUAGUUUAACUUACUCGGGGUCGAUUUUGUAAGACGCUUGCAUAUAUACCAAAUAUUUUUUAACAUUGACAUACUCCUAAUUUUCUGGGCCUUUUAUUGAUUAUUGAUUUAGAACUAAAUAAAUUCCCCUAAAUAUUAAGCUUCCAACCACAAACGACAAAGACAAGCACACUAUGAGACUGGGACAUGAGCCUGUCCUUGCUACACAUGCAUUUUUACAUCCAUUGCAUAUUUUUAGUUUCAAAGAUGAAAAAUGUAUUUAUAAUCACAAAUUAGUUGUUAGUUGUAACACUUAGCGUUGCUUGUAUCAGUGCUUAUUCCACCUGUGCGUGUGCUGUGUUCCAGUGUUGCAUGAAUAUUGCAUUGUAUUAAAUAAUAAAUAGGAUAUGUUACAGAGUCAGCGGCUUUGCUCCUUACAUGCAAAUCAAGCAACGCGCAUCUGUUGGAAUGCCUCCUUCCCGUGGGCAAAGAAAGGGUGCGCGUGUUUUCCUUAACCGCUCAUCCGGGCGACGAACGUUUAAGGAGAAAGACGUAACUCCGCCCAGCGUAAAUGUCCGCGUAGAACAUUAACACUCGCUCGGUCACGUGGCCGGGAAGAAAAAGGAAAUAGGAAAGAAAGUAAGAGAGCGAUACGGGUGGAAAAAAAAAUAAACAACAGGAAGAUUAACCGCCCGACAAGAGGAGGCGCCUUUACCAGCAGCCUGCCCUUGGAAAGAGGGUAAAAAGACAAAAGAAGAUGGAGACAUGUUGAAUACUUAUCUCUUUGUGUGAGAUGGGAGGACGGUGGAUGUCUGCUGUAAAUGAGAUAAACACGUGAGAUAAAGCCUCCAUCGAAGAAGAAGAAGAGGAAGACGGGACGAGGGGAUGAAGCUGAACGAACGCAGCGUGGCGCACUACGCCACCUGCGACUCGCCGCCGGACAAGACGGGCUUCCUGUUAAAGAAGGGGGAGCGCAACACGGCGUACCACCGCCGCUGGUUCGUGCUGAAGGGCAACAUGCUCUUCUACUUCGAGGAGCGCGACGGCCGGGAGCCCAUCGGCGUCAUCGUGCUGGAAGGGUGCACCGUGGAGCUGUGCGAGUCGGCCGAGGAGUUCGCCUUCGCCGUGAAGUUCGACUGCGCCAAGGCGCGCGUCUACAAGAUGUCAGCGGAGAGCCAAGCCGCCAUGGAGUCGUGGGUGAAGGCGUUGUCGCGGGCCAGCUUCGACUACAUGAGGCUGGUGGUCAAGGAGCUGGAGAGGCAGCUGGAGGAGAUCCAUGAGGCCGGGGUCGGAGUGGGAGGCCCGCAGGGCAGACCCAAGACCGCCAGGCCCAACCAGGUGGCGCGGUCCAGGUCCGGGGUGUCCUCAUCCUCGUUGCCGUGGAGAGAGAGCCUCCAGGAAGACGUGCAGCUCACCUCCGAUUCUUCCAAGGAGAAUGGAGACGCAUGGAGCAGGCCGCCGCCCGUCGCCUUGGCUAACGGCUUCGUGGAGGGGGCGUCCUGUGCGGCCUGGGAGGGUUGCGUGGACUCUGCGAGGGCUCCGCCAGUGCCGCCUAGGAGAAGAGGAGCAUCCCUGGAGAGCCCCGUCUCCCCGGGCACCGACUGCUUCUCCAAACUCCACGACUGGUACGGCAGGGAGGUGGAGGAACUGAGGACGCAGUGGCUGCACAGCCAGUAAACUAAUGGGGGUGGAAAAUCUUUUAUUUAUUUUUAUUCCUCCCAGUUUUAGCAUUCCUUUUCAGAUCCUUCUUCAUUGCUACGCCCCUCUGAACCCAAAAGACGAGUGACAAAACAGAGGCUUAUUUGCAAACUGCAGUCCUUUCUUAUAUAAAAAAAAAAUGGAUUGAUUCCAGAUCUCGUCUGGCACAGGGGAAUCAGUCCGUCUUUAAAAUUCACACUAUCCAUUGUACAAUCCAAGACAUUUUAGAACAGAAAAAUACCCUCUUUUGCACAGUUUUCAAUGUGUUUUGCCACAGCAUUUAAAGUGCUCAUCAUUUAUUAAACGCCUUUCUAACAAGAUGCUUAACAGUUUUGCCUUGAUCGUCCUUAUUGGACAAACAAUUCAGAAAAAGAGGCUCUUCUGUGAGUAUACUGCCGAGGUUCCAGAUUUGUUCUGCUCUUCUAGCUUCCAAAUAUAUGUGCGCUUGUUUUGCGGUUCGUUCUCUUUCAAGCAGUCGCAUCCUUGAUUUAAACCAUACUUGCUAUGUAGGUAUACACGCAGAAUAUGGUGCUGAACAUCCGAGGAAUGCCAAAAAAACAACCAAUCGCUACAUUCAAACAGUUUUCUGAGGAUGUUUUUGUUUCAUGCAAAUGAAAUCAAGACAAUCCAGAUGGGCCAGGUUGCCACGGUGACGCAUCAUCCACGACACACAAAGGUGAUGGCCACGGGAAAAUUUUGCAGCUGAUGAUGUAAUACAGCAAGCGCCAACAUCAGGAGGCCGUUUGUACCAUCGAUGACACUCUUCCGAUCUGACAGCAAGGGCAUGAGACGACUUCCUGUAAACGGGAGGGAGACCGGUGUUGGUCGAAUGUUCAGAUUCUACUCCCAACGGGGGGAGGGGGCCCGGCGGCCGCUUAAGGUCGGCAGUCACUGGGGGCCGCGGUGGGAGCCGAAUGUCUCGCUCAGAGCGGGACGCUAGUAUUUUUAGCCUUUUUUUUUAGCCGGCGGCCAGAUGAUGCCGUGUCAUAAGAGUGCUCAUCACUCAGUUCUCCUUCGGCUCCUGUAGCUCAGAAAAGGAGACUGCGUGAAUCCGCCGUAGCAACUAACCCCCUCGCUCUGCAUGUACGUAUUUAACCAAUCCAUGUCCCAUGGAAAAUGCCGCCGGCACCGGCGCCUUUUUUAAAAUGAUUGUUUUUCUAUGUCAAAAAAAUCACACUUUUUUUUUUAUGUGCCUUACGUUAUUUGUAUUACUUUGUUACUGCGCUUGCAACCAUUCCCAAAGGUCUAUAGCAAAGAGAGUGUUACUGAACUGCUUCCCUUGCUUCCUUUCAUUCCUUUCCUUCCUGACAAUGGCCGUGUUCCUAGAGUUAUCAUCGUUCCACAACACAGCCGAGACUGUUAUACGCACGGCUUGUACGGAAACAAUUGUGGGAAGGAGUCCUAUACCGCGUGGAUGGGGUCCUUUUUGUCAAGGAGGUAUGCUCUUGACAAGUAUUUACUAGAAGGAUUGUUGUUGUGCAGAUUUGCUUAACUCGAGAGAAGCAGUAGAGUGAGUACAGAUGAUGACUCUCUGUUAAAGGAUAAUAAUAAUAAUUGAGAUGAGUGUGUGUCUGUCAAAUCAACCAUAUGAAUGAUAAUCUUAUAUCAAGAGUGCCAAAUGAGGAAUGCAACAUAAAGGCACAAAUCCAAUCCAAUUGUCUUUCCACGGUUUUUGUGCAAUUUUUCAUUUUUAUAGCACACAAUAUAUAAAUUGUUUUAAAUAACCAUUUAUAUUUAACACAUUGUCCUAAAAUGGUACCAUGACAUGAUGUUUGUAAAUUGUAAUAAACCUGUUGAUUGCACAUUGUGAA